AUGUCUUUUUGUGGCAUAUGUAAUGAAGAUGUUGGUGACGGAGUACAUUGCACAUCCUGCGACCAGGUGCUACAUUUUCAUUGUGCAGGCUUAACCGAGGGAGGCUACAGAAAACUGGGCGCUGAUAGGAAACAAGCUUGGAAAUGCGGCAAGUGUAAACUAACAGGCCAGAGAUCGCCACAACCCACCGGAGAAGCAGCCAUUAUGGCAGAACUUAAAGCCUUGUCUGUGAAACUUGCUCCUCUGGACUCGCUUACUGCUGAGGUCAAAGCACUACGUGCCGAAAUAUCUGAGCUAAGAGCACAGGUCACCCUAACUAAUACGUCAAUAAAGGAAUUUAAUGACAGAUGUGAGAAGAUUGAAGACCGUCUUGCGCAAGUUGAAGGAGUUGGAGACCGGGUGACCAUCCUUGAAGCUGAACUAAGCAAAGUUAUAUGUGAAGCAAACGAUAAAUAUCAAUUUUCUCGCAUGAACAACGCAGAGAUAAAAGGCAUCCCUCAGUCCCAGAACGAGAAUUUAUUAGAUAUUAUUAGCUCAGUUGGGUCUAAAAUAAAUUAUCCCAUAAAUAGAUCUCAGAUAAACUUUGUUACCAGAGUUCCGACGAAGGAUAACACCCAACCAAAACCCAUAAUCGUGGCGUUUAUUAGCCGAUACGUGAAGGAGGAUUUUGUUGCAGCUGCGAGGGCGAAAUCAAGGGAAGUGAAGCUCAAUGCUAGUAUAUUUAGUUUCAAAUCAAAUAACAUGGUUUUCGUCAACGACCACUUGACACCGUCAAAUAAGGAUUUGCUCACCAAGGCGAAGAAAAUCGCCAAAGACAAGGGGUUUCUCUAUUCUUGGGUAAAACACUCCAAAAUAUAUUUGAGGAAAAACGACACGUCCCCAGUUAUACAGGUCAAAUCAGAGGACUUAAUGAAAAUUGUUUAA